AUGGGUGAGAAAAAUGAGAAAAAGAAUGAUGGUGAGAAGAAGGCGGCCGACGGCGGUGGCGGAAAGAAAGACGACGGCUCCACCACCGUCGUGUUGAAGCUGGACUUGCAUUGCGAAGGCUGUGCGAAGAAAGUCAAACGCAUCGUUCGUCAUUUUGAAGGUGUUGAGAAUGUGAAAGCAGACUGGGAAAACGGCAAACUGACAGUGACGGGGAAGGUGGAUCCCUCAUGGCUCCACGAGAGAGUUGAAUACAAGACAAAGAAGAAGGUAAUGCUAGUUUCGCCUCAGUCGAAGAAGGAUGGUGGUGGUGGUGGUGGUGGUGACAAGAAGUCGGAGGAAAAAUCUGAAAAGAAAGCAGAAGAAAAGAAGACCGAGGAUAAAAAACCAAAAGAGCCCGUGGCGAGUACGGUGGUUAUGAAGAUUAAACUGCACUGUGACGGAUGCGCACAUAAGAUAAAACGGACCAUAUCAAAAAAUAUUGAUGGGGUAAACUCAGUAUCAACGGAUUUACAAAAGGAUUUGGUAACAGUUAUUGGGACAAUGGACGUGAAGCAUCUCACUGUGUACUUGAAAGAGAAACUACAGAGGGGGGUAGAAAUUAUCCCUCCAAAGAAAGCUGAAGGCAGCGGAGACAAGAAGGAGAAAGAAGGCGGUGGUGGCGAGAAGAAAGAGGAUGCCAAAGCCGCCACCGGUGGUGGAGAAGGAAGCAAAAGUGAGGAGAAGAAAGUCGAGAUCAACAAAAUGGAGUUCCCUGGGUACAAUCCAGAAACACACUAUGCUGUGCCUAUGUACAAUCAAAGUUAUGCAAAUCAAGGCUAUGGUGUACCAAUGUACCACCACCAAGAUUAUGCUUAUACUGAUCAUGCGGCACAUUAUGCACCAGGGCCGCCGCCACCGACUUACUUGCACGAAACUGAUCAAAUGUUCAGCGAUGAAAAUCCUAAUGCUUGCUUCAUCAUGUGA